AUGACGGAGCGGCCGCCGAGCGAGGCGGCACGCAGUGACCCGCAGCUAGAGGGACAGGACGCGGCGGAGGCCCGCAUGGCCCCCCCGCACCUAGUCCUGCUCAACGGCGUCGCCAAGGAGACGAGCCGCGCAGCCCCCGCGGAGCCCCCAGUCAUCGAACUAGGCGCGCGCAGCAGCGCGGGGGGCGGCCCCGCCAGUGGGGGCGGUGCCGUGAGGGACUUAAAGAGCCGCGACGCGGUUGCAGCCGAAGCUCGCCAUCGAGUGCCCACCACCGAGCUGUGCAGACCUCCGGGACCCGCCCCAGCGCCCGCGCCCGCCUCGGCCCCCGCAGAGCUGCCUGGAGACGGCCGCAUGGUGCAGCUGAGCCCGCCUGCGUUGGCAGCCCCCGCCGGCCCUGGCCGAGCGCUGCUGUACAGCCUCAGCCAGCCGCUGGCCUCGCUCGGCAGUGGGUUCUUCGGGGAGCCGGAUGCCUUCCCCAUGUUUACCAACAACAACCGGGUGAAGAGGAGGCCCUCCCCAUAUGAGAUGGAGAUUACGGAUGGUCCUCACACCAAAGUAGUGCGGCGCAUCUUCACCAACAGCCGGGAGCGAUGGCGGCAGCAGAAUGUGAAUGGGGCAUUUGCCGAGCUCCGAAAGCUGAUCCCCACCCACCCACCGGACAAGAAGCUAAGCAAGAAUGAGAUCCUUCGCCUCGCCAUGAAGUACAUAAAUUUCCUGGCCAAGUUGCUCAAUGACCAGGAGGAGGAAGGCACCCAGCGUGCCAAGCCUGGCAAGGACCCUGUGGUGGGAGCUGGUGGGGGUGGGGCAGGGGGUGGCAUGCCCCCUGAAGACCUUCUACAGGAUGUGCUUUCCCCCAACUCCAGCUGUGGUAGCUCUCUGGAUGGAGCAGCCAGCCCGGACAGUUAUACAGAAGAGCCAACACCCAAGCACACUGCCCGCAGCCUCCACCCUGCCCUGCUGCCUGCCACCGAUGGGGCUGGCCCCCGGUGAUGUGUCUGGGGCUGCCCAGGACCAGCAGGCAGGGGCCCUUAGGCCCCUGGGUUGCUGGGCCUCAGGGCAGUUGGGAUGAGAAACAGGGCAAUGUACUUGAUGAACUUCCCUUAUAGUCUGAACUUUGGGAAGUCCCAACUGAUCCUGGGCUUGUGUUUCUGUUUCCUGCCUGGAAAUAGACGAGGAAAACGGAGUGAAGUAGUAGGUACUUUAUCUGAAGAUGGCACAGUCUUCUCCCUUUUCCAGUCCCCAAGACUUCCCACUUAGAGGCUCAAGUGUCACUGUUUUUGGUCUAGAGUUUGUGAGCCUUGUUUUGGACAAGAUCCAGGGUUGUCACCCAUUACCUGAGGCAUCCAGCAGCCUCUGCCUUGCCUUUAGCCCAUCCCGAGCUGGCUGGGGUGGCUUUUGUGGCAGCUUCUGUUCAAAUAUAUAGGUACCCAAGAGCUGCCCAUUUCCUGAGCCCCAUCUUCACCCAGGUCCGUGUUGAUCCAUCCAGCUUGCCAGCUGCUCCGGAGAGUCAAGCCUCGAGGUGCCUUCUUCAGGGCCUGGGUGGAAAAGAUGGCCAGUGAACAGACAGCCUGCUCUCAACUAGCUGGGCCAGAAAACCCAACAGCCCUUCUUGCUCCGGAAAAUCGGAGCUCUGCUUUCUCCCCACUGAGACUUGCCUUCCUAUCCCGCAGCUGUGAGGACCGAGUCAGCAGCCUGGAGCAUGCUCUGUUGGGCUGUGUGCAGGCACAGAAAGGGAAAGUGACAUUAGAGUGAAGCAAAGCAAGAGUGUUUGGGGCAUUGGGUUUCACCUCCUGCACAUCACUGUUCAUGCAGGGGAGUAAAUGAUAGUGUGCUGAUGCAUUGCAUGUUGGUGCUGGGGUUAUGCAGCCCAUGGGCUUUUCCCUGGAAGCUUCCUGUUGCAAGAUGUCUGUUGGCUGACGGUCUGGACUUCCAAAUGGAGUACAAACUGUCCCAUAAAUACUCCAUUUGGGAUUCUGCCUAACAAGUUAUUGGUGGAAACUCUGGGCCAUGAUACAACCUGCUGCUAGGGCAAGGAAUCCAGUCAGAAGUGAGGCCCUGGCUUGAGACCUGAGCAUGCCAAUUUGCUCAGCCCAACUUUAGGAACGCUCCCAUCAUGCAACUGCAGGCCCCACGUGUGUGUGCAUGGUAGGUUGGUUUAAUGCAACGUGAGUGCCCCCUCUAAAAGCUGUACAUGAAAUUUCUGUAAAGCAAAUCCUUCUCCUUCAUCUUUUAAAGAAAUAGCCCCUGCAAGUCAUUUUGUAAAGUGGAGGAUCCUUUUGUAGUAUGGACAACUGCCCCAUUGUUUCUUUCCUGUGUCAACCCUGGUGGUGGGACCGAGUUUUCUUAAAGCUAGACCUGCCUAUAAUGAAGUUCAAGCCCAUGAACAAACUGCACUGAAGUCCUGGGUAUCUGCCAUUGUACCAGCGUCACCUAGAGCGCUCUCUCUCUCUCUCUCUCUCUCUCUCUCUCUCUCUCUCUCUCUCCCUCCCUCCC